AUGUUACAACAACGGGCCGCCCGUCUCUGGGCGUCGCUUAGUCUCGCUAUUCUCCUCAAUAGCGCCGUAACCGCCGCGGCUGGGGUUGGACCUUCAAUCCCCAUCGAGUACUGCUCGACGGCCAACACUGGCCCCGAUACAGUCGAUAAAACAUUAUCAGCAGACGGGUAUCCAUUCCAUAGCAUAUACCAAUCCGAAGGCCGCUGCCGAGAUAACUGCACCGAUACAAGAUAUGGCACUUUUGCACUAGGCAUCUUGCAAAACCAGGACUGCUGGUGCUCAAAUCUUGUACCAAGCAGCGCAAACCAGAAAGAUACCGACCAGUGCCAGUCCCCGUGUCCGGGGUUCCCGUCCGAUCUCUGCGGAGGAAGUGGUUUGUUUGGGUACAUCGUCUUGGGCAAUGCUUCUCCCACAGGGACAGCGCCUCCUCAAAGCUCGUCUAGCAGCAGCACAUCGUCCUCUUCAUCUUCUACCGUGAAAAAUAUCCCGGCCGUGAAGACUCCCCCGGCCGUGAAGACUCCCCCGGCUGUGAAGAUCACUGAGACUGAGACGGUGCAGCGCAUGGUUCCAAGUACAGUGGCCGUGCCGCCUUCAAGCUCCUCAUCAUCCAGCGAUCCUCCCACUUCUUCUUCUACUGUCUCUACUACUCCUCUCAAUGGAGCGAAUAAUACACCGGCCCCGGUGGUACAGACAGUAACCGUCGGCGGAGUCGUUAGGACCGUCACCCAGACACAACCGUCGCCCACGGGAACGAGCGAGCAAAACACCUCUUUGGCAGUAACUUCGGGUGGCGGGUUAUCAACGGGCGGUAUUGUCGGCGUCGUCUUGGGCAUUCUUGCCAUCCUUGCAAUCGCCGGCAUUCUCGUGUGGUGGCUUUUGAUGAGGCGGAGGAGGCUGGAAGCCGGAGCGGGCGGCAUCGCAUCGCCGAGCGGUCUGGGUAGCUCCUCAGGUAUGAUGGCAACACCAAAGUAUGGCGAAAUUUCUGAAACCCGGUUUCUAGGUGCGGGAGGAGUUCCGCGACCUGGAGAGUCAUGGGUACCCCCGACCAACAACAUCGUGCGGCCCGGUGAUAGGAGAAGCUACCUGGUGCCCGUCGACCCGCGCCUUGAUCCCAACAUCUACCCGAACGCCAUGAACAAGAGCCACGAGAGCGUAAAUUCUCUGCAGGACAACCAGGAUUACUCCCGCAGAGUACACCAGCCCUCGAGGACGUUGAGGGUCACUAAUGCCAAUCCAGAAGACGAUUGA